AUGAAACGAAAUUCCUACGCAAACCAUUUUCCUUAUUUCGCUGUCAAUUUCGAUGUUUUUCUGACGUCUAAACGCUUCGCUUUACGGUACCCCGAGCUUGUGUCUGUAACUUCUGUCAACAGCUGUUUUGUGCUUUUGUUUAUGAUUUUCUUUUUUGUUGUUGCUGUUUUUUGCCACCCGUUUGGUGGCUCUCUGUGGUCUGCAAAAAAAAAAAAAAGAUUCGUAAGCAAAAAUAGCGGCUCAGCCACGUACCGAUUCUCGGUGCCGGGUGACGGUUGCGGGACUGAACCGGUGGCGGGAAAGCAGUGUUUUGGUCACGGCAACGUGCUGAUCAUUCGGACAGAAACAAAUGCUCAAGCAUGGGAAAACAGCCACGGCGUUCAGUGCUUAUUCGUGCCGGGUUUGCCCACCUCUCAACUACUGGAUUCCAAGGCAUUAUUGAUUGAAGUCGACGUUGAGAACGAGGAGCUGCCAGAUAUUCGUACACAAGUUCUGGUUGGCGGUAUUGCUGUCGAUCAAAAUACUCGGAUCAAGAUUGGAGAUCAUCUAAUUUUUGUCUUUUACGUUCACGAAGAUUAUAUGGAUAUGUUUAUCAAGAGUUGUUUCGCCUCGGAUGGAUUGACCAAUCGAAUUCAAUUAACCGACAGUUAUGGCUGUCCGCUACGACCAAAACUGAUGCAAGCAUUCAAACGCGUGGAUAAUACGCUGCAUGCAAGAAUGACAGCCUUCCGAAUCGCUGAAACGAGCACACUUUCUCUAACGUGCGAAGUCGAACUAUGUCGCGAAAUGUGCAGCAACCUAACAGCUUGUAGGAUGCAGCCUGCUCCGCCAAUUUUGGCUACGACAACAAAUACUACAAUCGCAGGGACAUCACCAGAGAAGUCUGUGAUUUCUUCCGUUCAGCUCCCGUUCACGAGCACUUCGCCAGUUUCUGCAAUAUUGGCUAUCUCUAGCCAACACGAAACGUGACAAUCUCAUACGUUUUAUCCCGUCCGCCCGACACAAGAAUCCGUUCUCUGCCGAUCACCAUAUUCGCAAUGCCUUCCAUUCUACCGUCAAUCCCUGUAUGGAGAUUAACCGCUAUACAUUCUGUUCACGCCUUACCAAAGUCGGCUAGAAAGCGCUGCUGUUACAAAAAGGAAAUUCAAACGGGAAAAUCAUUUGCCUUGUGGAAAACGAGAGUCUCUUCGAAAAUAUAAAAAAAAAAAAAUUUAUGAUAAUCUGAUCCAUUUCUUUUGUGACAUUAUUGUAGCUUGGCUUGUGCUUGCUGUGCUUCUUAAUCGAUUACUAACGUUCUCACAUCGCUUUCUCAAAUCUCUUCAGAGCAAACAAAGAGCAAAAAACAAAAUUAGUGUUUUCAUUUUAUGAUGAAGCCAUGUAAUCACUUAUCACCGCCACGUGACGUGAAAGUGCAGUGGCAUAAUUCCAUCAAACAAACCCAACAGAAAAAGAUAAAUGCUUGUUUCUUCUUUUUUUAUUUCUCUUCAAUUUCCGUACGUUUAACUUUCCCUGCAUUAACUAAAUCAUCCCUUAAUCGAAAUAAGAAGAAAAAAAAAACCAUUUUGGUUUGAUAAAGAUGCGAUUAGUACUAACUCGAACCCUUUUCCACAUCCUUCGCCGACAUAUUUUGACUUUUUCUUUCUGAUGCCGUAUUCUAUAUUCGAGACGUACAAUGAGUACAAAAAGAUGUUUUUAUUUUUGAUACGACGUGAUGUCCAAAAUCCGACAGGGAGAGAAAAUAAGGUGUGUCUGUCGAAAGCAAUGGACAGGUAGGUAGGUUGGUGAGCCUUCUCCAGCAUGUUUCCGUUUUGUUUUGUUUUUUUUUAGCCUCCGCACCAGCCCUCACCGGGUCAUUCUGUCUCUCACUACACGCACUUUGAUUCAUAUAGGACUUUCUUGCAUGGCAUUAUUAUUAUUAUUAUUUUUCAUUCUUGUUGUUGCCUUUACAAACGUCUCAGCAACACGAUUUUAAGGAAUGUGAAGGGUAACCUAGUGUAGGAGGAAGGAGGACACCCUAUAACUAUUUGAGUUUCAUUGACGCGCUCAACGAUCUUUCUUUAGUUUUUUUGGUUUUUUUUUUAUCGUAAAACACCAUGAGAAGAGUUUUGAGAAUUGAAAUUAUUUCGAAAGGGAAGGUGACGGUACCCCUUUUUUAUUUUCAAGGACGUGCAACCGUAGAAAGUUAAUAUUCAGUGCUUCUAGUAGUUGAAAAAAUGUCAAAGUCACGCUUUUCCCCCCACAAAAAAUCACGAUGACAUUGUAAGAACACAAGGAUAGCAACACUUUCGCUGGACUUUCUGUCUGUCGUGACGAGAAGACCAAAAUAAACAAAAACGAAUGUCAGGUUGUCCCUUUCGGUAGUAAACCGUGCAUGUGUUGCUUUUCCCAUGUAGACUAAAGCCGGACUAAAGCUAUACCAUGUGCAUGCAGUUUACAAUUCGACAAGAAGAAAACAAUUUCAAAUCCAAUAAAAUGAUGCAAUGUU